UGAGGUAGUGAUUUUCUAUUUAUACCCCUCCUCAUCACGCACCAAGCAUUUCAUUUCAAUUCCUGCAAAUUGUACGUGUUGUUCAGACUUCACACUCCCACUCACACUAUAGAGUAGAGUGUAGAAAACCAAAACCCAAAAACCCUAGCUUUGUUCUCGUUCCAGGAAACGCAUUCAUCGGAAUGGGUCACGUCGGUUCCAGCAAGGGUGGCACCAAGGCAGGGAUGACCGCCGCGAUGAUGGAUAUCGACGAUGACGUAAGCGACGACGACCUCGGUGACCUCGACCCGACCAACGCCGAAAUCCUCGAAGAAUUCGGCGGAGAAGACGCAUUCAGGUACCACUGCAAGAAGUUCUCGAUGCUGUUCUUCGAGGAGUACGGUCUGAUCAGCCACCAAAUAAACUCCUACAACCACUACGUCACCGUCGGCCUUCAGAGAACCUUCGACGGCUUCGGCGACUUGGUCGUAACGCCCGGCUUCGACCCUUCCAAAAAGGGAGAUAACGAGCACUACCGUUACGCCUCCGUCAAGUUCGGCAAGGUCAAGCUCGACAAGCCCAUGUGCUGGGGCGGUGAGUUAAACAACCAAGAGUUAAAGAUGCUUCCGCGUCACGCGCGGCUUCAGAGGAUGACCUACGCGUCGAAAAUGAAAAUCUCAGUUAAAGUUCAGGUGUAUGUUCCGAAGAAGAUUCGGAGUGAUAAGUUCAAGACUGGGAAGGAAGAGUUCCUUGAUAAGGAGAUUCUGAAGGAAGACGAGAAGGAGAUCAUCAUUGGGAAAUUGCCUGUCAUGGUCAAGUCGGAUUUAUGUUGGAUGAAAGGUGAAAAGGAUGAUUGUGAGUUUGACCAUGGAGGUUACUUUCUCAUCAAGGGUGCCGAGAAGACUUUUAUUGCACAGGAGCAACUGUAUUUAAAGAGGCUUUGGGUUAUAAACAGUCCAGGUUGGAUGAUUGCCUACAAGUCACAGAUGAAGAGAAAUAGGAUGGUUAUUAAACUGGUAGGCAAUUCUAGGACUGAAGAAGGGGAGAAUGGAGACAUGUUUCUUAAUGUUUAUUUUUUAUCUGUUGAGGUUCCUGUGUGGGUACUAUUUUUCGCACUUGGUGUCCAAUCUGAUAAAGAAGUUGUAGAUCUCAUUGGUUGUGACAAUGAUGAUGUUAGAAUUCAGAAUAUUCUCUUUGCGUCUGUUCGUGAUGCUGAUGAGAAAUGUGGCAGUGCAUUUGGUAGGGGUAGGAAUGCAGUUCAAUAUUUAGAGAAGUGUAUAAAGAGUGUCCAAUUUCCGCCUCCUGAGUCUAUUGAGGAGUGCCUUGAAAUUUAUCUCUUUCCUGGGAUCAGCGGCUUAAAGAGAAAGGCACGCUUCCUUGCAUAUAUGGUGAAGGGUCUCUUGCUGGCUUAUACCGGCCGCAGAAAAUGCGACAACAGGGAUGAUUUCCGUAAUAAGAGGCUUGAAUUGGCCAAUGAGCUUCUUGACCGUGAGCUGAAAGUGCACAUAGCACAUGUUCGGAAGAGAAUGUCCAAGGCACUGCAAAGGGAUCUCUAUGGAGAUAGAGAUGUACGCCCCAUUGAGCAUUAUGUUGAUGCGUCAAUAAUUUCAAAUGGUUUGCAAAGGGCAUUUUCAACAGGAGCAUGGUCACAUCCGUACAAGAGGAUGGAAAGGAUCUCUGGUGUGGUUGCAACUGUAGGGCGCACUAAUCCCUUACAAACCAUGGCUGAGCUAAGAAGAACGAGGCAGCAAGUUCAGUACACGGGAAAAGUUGGGGAUGCUAGAUAUCCGCAUCCUUCUCACUGGGGCAAGGUUUGUUUUCUCUCUACCCCAGAUGGUGAAAAUUGUGGACUAGUAAAAAAUAUGGCUGUCACGGGACUAGUAAGCACUGAUGUAUCUAAUGCAUCUGAAUCUAUACUGCCUACAUUGUUGGAUUGUGGGAUGGAAGAACUUGUCAAUGAUACUGAAACUCAUCUGGGAAACAAGGAAAAAAUUUUCCUAAAUGGUGAUUGGGUUGGAGUGUGCCCUGAUUCCAGUUGGUUUGUGGCUGAGCUACGAAGUAAAAGACGAAAAAAUGAACUGCCUCAUCAGGUGGAAAUCAAGAGAGAUCAAUCUCAACAUGAAGUGCGUAUUUACUCUGAUGCAGGAAGGAUUCUACGUCCUCUUUUAGUAGUUAGUAAUCUACUAAAAAUUAAAAGAUUUAAAUCAGAACGUUAUUCUUUCCUUACUCUACUGGAAGAAGGUGUUGUUGAACUAAUUGGACCUGAAGAAGAGGAAGACUGCUGUACUGCUUGGGGCGUUCAGUAUUUAUUUGGAAAAGAGGGGAAAAGAUCUGUCAAGUACACACAUUGUGAACUUGAUAUGUCUUUCUUAUUGGGUUUAAGUUGUUCACUUGUCCCAUUUGCCAAUCAUGACCACGCAAGGAGGGUGCUCUACCAAUCUCAGAAGCACUCCUCACAGGCUAUUGGCUUUUCUACUUUAAACCCAAAUAUUAGAGUUGAUACUUUGUCUCAUCGGUUACACUAUCCCCAAAGGCCCCUUUUUCAAACAAUGACUUCAGAUUGUCUGGGAAAACCAACUCCACUGGGUCAAAGUAAAAUUCAUCCAAAGCCAGAAUUCUAUAAUGGGCAGAAUGCAAUUGUGGCUGUCAAUGUACAUCUGGGAUACAAUCAAGAGGAUUCCUUGGUGAUGAACCGGGCUUCAUUGCAGCGUGGUAUGUUCAGGUCUGAGCACAUAAGGAGUUACAAAUCUGAAAUUGAUAAUAAGGAUUCUUCAGAUAAGAGGCGCAAACCUGAAGACAUUAUAAAUUUUGGAAAGCUUCAAAGUAAAAUUGGUCGAGUUGAUAGUCUUGAUGAUGAUGGCUUUCCAUAUGUUGGGGCAAAUUUGCAAAGUGGUGAUAUUAUUAUUGGGCGGUGUGCUGAGUCUGGUGCAGACAAUAGUGUGAAGUUAAAGCAUACUGAAAGGGGUUAUGUACAAAAGGUUUUGCUGUCUUCAAAUGACGAGGGGAAAAAUUUUGCAGCGGUUUCAUUGAGACAGGUUCGAAGUCCAGUUCUUGGUGACAAGUUCUCCAGUAUGCAUGGACAAAAGGGUGUUUUGGGAUUUCUGGAGUGUCAGGAAAAUUUUCCUUUCACUAGACAAGGCAUUGUUCCUGAUAUUGUCAUUAAUCCGCAUGCCUUUCCCUCACGACAAACUCCUGGCCAACUCCUAGAGGCUGCUUUAGGAAAGGGGAUUGCUUGUGGUGGUACACUGAGACAUGCUACGCCUUUCUCCACUCCUUCUGUUGAUGCCAUUACUGAUGAGCUUCACAGAGCUGGGUUUUCGAGAUGGGGAAACGAGAGGGUAUACAAUGGAAGGACUGGUGAGAUGGUCCGAUCACUCAUUUUUAUGGGACCAACAUUUUACCAACGUCUGCAUCAUAUGUCUGAAGACAAGGUUAAAUUCCGCAACACCGGUCCUGUUCACCCGUUGACCCGACAGCCUGUAGCUGACAGAAAACGAUUUGGAGGUAUCAAGUUUGGUGAAAUGGAGCGUGAUUGCUUGAUAGCUCAUGGUGCUUCAGCCAACCUGUAUGAACGCCUCUUUACACUUAGUGACUCGUCUCAGAUUCACAUCUGCACCCAAUGCAAAAAUGUUUCAAAUGUGAUCUUGCGCCCAGUCUCUGGUGGCCGGAAAGUACGAGGUCCUUAUUGCCGCCACUGUGAAUCCGCAGAUGACAUUGUGGUUGCCCAUGUUCCAUACGGGGCAAAACUGUUAUGCCAGGAGCUCUUUAGCAUGGGCAUAAAUCUUAAAUUUGAUACCCAACUUUGCUAGACGGAACUCUUAACAUGUAUCUUUUGUUCAUUUCCUUGACUUUGUUCAGUGUAGAUAUCACUUGAUGUUUUGUUGAAUGCUUUAGCCAGAUAACAUCAUAUCCGAGCUUUAAUUUCUUUUAGUA